AUGCGUUACGCUUUGCGGGUUGCGUCUGGGAGUUUCAACUCUAUUGGCGAGCUCCAUACCGCCAAGGAGAAGUUUGAUACAGUCGGCGGAGACAAGUUGGUUGAGCAAGCAUUCCUCGAGCUAUUUCGCCGCCAUGGCGUUGACAGGAUCUUUGGUCUGACCAUGGUUCACCGUCACUUUGAGCUGAACGGGAAAGAACGUCUGGUCGACUUCCAAGGUACCGCGGUACCUUGGGAGGAGGUUGACGAGCUGAACAACCCGGGCAUCACCGCGGCCAGUUGGGAAAUCACUCCCCAGGGUAUUCGCCCUUACGAAUUCAAGCUCGAUCCAGCAUCGAUCGGGGCCCAGGAGGUCGACUUCAACGAUCCCAAAAUUCAAGCCUUCGCCAAAGAGUUUGUCGAGUUGACGCAGCGCGCUGGUGCGACUGGUCUUUUCGGCCUUUGCGUAUACCCCGGAGAUGAUUUCGAAAGCCUGAUCGAAACCACCCAGGGCCGCGCCAAUAUCAGCAUUCCUUUCAAGCCCUUUAACAACAUGAAGGACGGUUUCGUUGAUGCAACCUGGUUUUUCUCCCCCAAGAUCUGGGAAGCGAGGGGGAGAUGUGUGUGCGUUUACAAUCUUUUGGGUAAGCACACCGGGCACCGGUGGCGCGGCUAG